GGGUUUAUCAGGAAGAUACUUAGUUCUAAUGUUUUCAACCUCUUGGUAGUUGAUUUUUAAGCGAAAGCCUAUUUGUGUUUCGUUGAGGAAGGCUAAUGACCUCCUAAGUCAUGACCUCGGCCAAGGAGCUAUUGUUGCGUUCCUUGAGAUGCAAAGGAUGGAUGUCUAACUUGAACAGAUUAUCACAUGUUGGGUUAAGUCAAUGAGAGUACAGUUUAUUUCAAAAUGAUGCAAAUAUGGUCUAACAGUUGUUAAGAUUGAACAUUAUGGACUUAUGGUUGGGGACUUAAAGGGUUCUAGUUAUAGCUCUAGCUCGAAAAGCUAUUAAGAAUAGUAUGAAAAUGCGGCCUUAAGCAAUGGAAUUGGCUCUUAAGGUGUCGCUCUUGUGUUCUAUUUUGAAUAAAAGCACAACAAUGGACAAGUUUGGCGAAAGAGGAUUGAUGAAGGUUCGUGGUUGUAGUUCAAUCUUUGUUAACGACAGAAUUCCUUGUGGGGAAGCAAGUGGGUGCUUAGUUUUAUAAUAUGGUUCUCUUUUAAGUAGAAGAGAUGAUUCCCAGGUCGAAAAAUGAAAGGGUGUUGCUUUUGGACUCAUGAACAACAGAAAGGGUGUUAUAAUCCAUUAUCCAUGUGGUGAAGAACUUGAUCAUAUGUUGUGAUUGCCAUAGCAUAAUCAAGUUGGUCUCUACUCUCUAAGGUCUACUUUCUGAUGUUUGGACAGAUAGUUGUGGCAUUUGCUGCCAUUCUUUUGGGCUGCGUUUACAAGGCGAUAAAGCCUCCUCCUCCGAAAAUAUGUGGUUCACCUGGUGGUCCCCCUGUAACUUCACCAAGGAUCAAACUCGCAGAUGGCAGGCAUUUGUCAUACAGGGAGGCAGGAGUUAACAAAGAUGAGGCUAAGCACAAGAUCAUAGUCAUACAUGGUUUUGCUAGCUCCAAAGAUCUGAUUUUACCCGUCUCUCAAGAACUUGUAGAAGAGCUAAAGUUAUACUUCCUGCUUUUUGAUAGAGCUGGAUAUGGAGAAAGUGACCCCUACCCAAAACGCUCUGUGAAAAGUGAAGCAUAUGAUAUUCAAGAACUCGCUGAUGCAUUGCAGCUAGGAUCUAAGUUUUAUGUCAUUGGAAUCUCAAUGGGAGGUUACCCUGCAUAUAGUUGUUUAAAAUACAUUCCACAAAGAUUAGCUGGGCUCUCCUUGGUUGUUCCAUUUGUCAACUACUGGUGGCCUGGUUUUCCUUGUUCGAGAGAGGUUUUUAAGAGUCUUCGUCUUCAGGAUCAAUGGACCUUUCGUGUGGCACGUUAUGCUCCUUGGUUAUUUUACUGGUGGAUGACUCAAAAAUGGUUCCCUUCAUUAAGCCUCUUGUCUGGUGAUCCAUCUGUUUUCAGUCGACAAGAUUUGGAAAUCAUGAAGAACAUGCCACAAGUUCCACAGGAUAAAAGCCGCCAGCAAGGUGAUUAUGAAUCUCUUCAUCGAGAUAUUAUGGUUGGCUUUGGGACAUGGGAAUUUGGUCCUUUGGAUCUUAAGAAUCCUUUCCUUGAAAAUGAAGGUUCAGUUCACAUCUGGCAAGGCUAUGAGGACAAAGUAAUUCCAUUUCAAAUGAAUCGCUUUAUUAAGGAAAAGCUUCAAUGGAUUAAGUAUCAUGAAGUUCCUGAUGGUGGACAUAUGUUCAGCUCUGAUCAGAGCAUGUUUGAAACCAUCUUAAGAGCACUUCUGCUUGGAUAGUUAUCAUCAUACAUGCCUCUAUUCUUUAUGUAUACUGCCAUUAGCCUGGACAUUUUCUGUAAUGCUUGGGUAUAAAUGUUUGUGUUUAUUUUCUACCCAAAUUUGGAAUAGCUGUGACUGCCAAUAGAAUAAGUUCGAACAUGAUACAUGUUUAACUAUUCCACUUAUCACACUUCUCAUGUGAAUGCUUUGAAAUGACUGACGUUAGAUUUGUUGAA